AAAAGAUUUUUACGAUGAAUUUAAUGUUGGGAACAGCUGACUGGUUUUGAUUCUGUCUAGAUUAGUGGUGGGCAUAGAUUAAUUUUUUUAAUCUAGAUUAAUCUAGAUUAAUCUUGGAAUUAAUCUAGAUUAAAAUGGCUCAUUUGAAUUCUGCCGAAGGCAUUCAGAAUAUGUGUACUACCCAAAUAAUGACUAAAAGUAAGUCUUUGAGAACGGGUUUCUCAAGCCAGGUGGCGCAUUAGUCCAGGGGCUUAUCUCCUGUUUCCAAAAUGCAUCACAAACUGCUUGAGAAAGCUGUUCUACUAUGAUAAUUGGUGAUGAAAAUAAAUUAUGUUCAAUAAGAUGUACUUGUGUUUACUUUCGCAUUAGCUAAGGGAUGCUUUGCGUUUAGGUGGUACUUGAGACUGGAAGAGCUCCUACAGUACAUUUACAUUUAGUCAUUUAGCAGACGCUUUUAUCCAAAGCAAUUUACAAAGAGUGAGGGAGCAACAAGCGACCUGUCAUACAGGAGCCAUAAUACAUUAGAUCUCAAUACAAAGUUACUGGUUUCAACUAAAGCUAGACCACUACCUGUUGAGAGAAAGUUUUUUUUUUUUAAACCAAUUCCGCAUUGCACAAGGUGCAAACAACCUUAGUCUUGUCGAUGUUUCUAUUGGGAAGCUUCUUAAAAAUUAAUAUUCCCUGAAGCAAACCCGGCGGCUUCAUAGCUGCAUCCAUGUUAGCACGUCACGUUUGAUGCGGUAAUUUCACAGUAACGUUAUGUUGUGUUCAGACCAAACGCGAAUGGCGUGUCAAGCGCGAGUGAUUUAUGUGUUAAUGCAAAGAGGCAAUAGACCUACUUGCGGCGCGAAUCGCGCGAAUGAAGCCCUGGUUAUGAGAUGAUGAGGCGGCGCGAAUGACGCGAAUCACGCGAGUUAAAAAAUCUUGUUCUCGCCCCGUACAGUGCAGUUAAGCUGGUAUACAUCCGCGCUAAAAUAUCAAGGUGAAAGUCAUCAUAGCUUGCGUAGUAUAGACCCAGCUCCCAACCCAACUUUGAGAAUAGAUUAACGGCGACAUUUUUUUUAUCGCGCGAUAAGAGUCUCACUGCGUUAACGGCGUUAACGCCGUUAACUGCUCACCACUAGUCUAGAUGUUUGUCUUGUACAUGAUACUUGGCUUUUAUAAUGCUUUGAAUAAUUGGUCAGAUUCUGUUUAGCCAGUCAAUUAUUUCACUGUGAGUAUUCAGGGCUCCUCAAAAACAGAACUUUGUCUAAUUAAACUCAGAUUCACACCCACAUACAUUACAUUUACGCAUUUGGCAGAUGCUUUUAUUCAAAGCGACUUACAUUGCAUUAUAUUACACAUUUGUAUUUAAAUAUGUGCAAUGCCUGGGAUCGAACCCAUGACCUUGUAGUUGCUAGCGCCACACUAUGAUGUGUGUGUGUGUCAUCGUGUCAAUGCUUUUUGCAAUUAUUGUUUUUAUAUUUGGCAUUGAGUUUGUCAUUAUUGCCUCUGGCUAUAGUUUCAAAAUUUGUCAGAACGGUUUUUGCUCUUAAAGGAGCAGAAAGUCCAGGCUGGCUCUUCAAUGAAUUAUUCAGUUUCUCUGCUGACCUGCUGCAGUCUUGUUUUAAAAGACUUCUGUGUAUUUAAAGUCCUCAUCAAACCAAGCAGGUGUUUCAGCACUAACGGUCUUUUCAUGUAACGUGUCUAUUACAAGAGACAUAUUUAAAAACAAAGUAGUAUGAGCAUGGCAUCAAACAUUUGCACGUUAGAGUUUUGUUCUUUUUGCAUGAAAAAUCACAACCGAGAACCCUUUAUUUCUGUCGGAAUUUUUUUUCUACAUUUACAAUUAGUCAUUUAGUAGACGCUUUUAUCCAAAGGUAAACAAUAGAAGCAAUUGGAACAACACAAGGACAAAAUAAACCAUAAGUGCAGUAAAAACUGGUCUCAUAUAGCGCACCACAGUAUACUAAGCCAAGAUUUUUUAAUUUUUGAUAGAAAGAGUAGAAAACAGAUUGAAGUCAGAACUGAUCGGUCAGGUGUUGACGGAAGAGAUUGUGUUGUCAACCGAUUCUUAAAGAUGGCCAGAGAAUCUGCUGAUUGUUCUGGUGGGAUGGUUGAUGAGCCUACUUGAAUGGAGAGGUUGUGAUGAAUCUUUGGGUCGGCCGGGAUUACAAGCGGUUCUGUUUUUGCAAUGUUCAGCUGCAGGUGAUGGUCCUUCACACAGAGUGAAAUGUCUGUGAUUUGUUCAGAAACAGGCUGAAAUGACAAGUGGAGUUGUGUAUCAUCCACAUAAAAGUGAUAGGAAAAGCCCUGUUUUUGAAUGAUAUAACCUAGGGAUGUCAUGUAUAUGGAAAAGAGAAGCGGUCCAAGCACUGAGCCCUGAGGCACCCCUGGAUUGAGAUGAUGGGACUCGGAGACAGCACCUCUCCAGAAUACCCUACAUGACCUACCUGGGAGGUAAGACAUGAACCAUUUUAGUACCAUUCCAGAGACACCCAUAGCCUUAAAGGUCAACAGGAGGAUGUGGUGGUUAACCAGCAGAUAGAUCUAGAAGGAUGAGUACAGAUGAUUUAGAGGCUGCCCUUGCCAGUCCCAGAGCUCCAACGACUGAGAGAAAUGCAGUCUUUCCUUUUUACAUUUAUUCAGUUGGCGAAGUGAAGUGAAAUCAGCAGUGUCAGGACUUCGUCCUUCCUGUUUUUGAGUUCUCUAACUCUCUGGACAAGGUCAGGACAGAACCAUGUCCUGUGGUUGUUUUGUGUGGUGACGCGUGGCUGUUGUUGUUACUUUGCGCCACGUGUCCUCCUGUCAUGUCUCACAGCCCCGCCCUUCUGUCUCCCGUAUCACUCCUUAGAGUUUAAUCUCUGUCGCCUGCCGUUCAACUCCCUUUUGUAAUUAUUUUGUUUUAUUCUUCAGUUUGUUCCCCCUCGUGGGAAGUGUUUAUUUUUGUGUGUAAACCAUUGAUAGAUAUUGUUUUUCCCAAUCGUGUAGUAAUGCAGUCUUGAUAUUACCAGAGCUUGGACUUGAAGCUGAGAGGCAUGUUCCGACAGAAACAGCCUGAAUUUUCCUGACAUUGUGGAGCACAUACCUGCAAGUCCAAGGUAUGUGCUAGACAUACACAGCUUUAAAGCUUGUUGAUCAAAGACCCCAGUAAUCUCACAUGAGUAUCCUUUUUGAGUUGGAAAGAAAUCUGAACGUUUGUCAUUAGGUGUGGUCAGAUACUAAAUUAUGAAAAUUCUAAAAGAAUUGAAAAAUUUCGGCCGCACCAAUUUUAUAGUCUUUUUUUUUCAUCUGCCACAAUGAAUGUCAGAGGACAAAAAUAAUACUUAAAAGAGCUUAGAAGGAGCUCAAUUGUGUUUCGUGAGAUCUAGUUCAACUUCUGGGUUUAGAUAUAUUUUUUGUAUUCUGGAAAACUUUGUAGACAUCUUGUAAAUGAAAAGUUGUGAUAUGAACUUUUUCAAAAAUGUAAUUUACAUUUACGCAUUUGGCAGAAAGCAACUUACAUUGCAAGAUACUGUACAUUUGUAUUUAAGUAUGUGUAGUAAAAACUGUUUAAGGUUUACGGUUCUAUAAUCUGUUGAAUGUAACCCAAAUGAGACACAAUGUCCCACUUUUCUUUCAUUGCGAUGAAGAAAUUUGUGGCUUAGAAAAGACGUUUCUCCCACAGGGAAAAACUUUGCGCUGCAUUGCAAUUUCUGUUCCACUUUGCUGUACCAAAAGAAGAAUGCAUGCAGAAGUAGCCUACGACCUGUCCUCUCUGACUGUUUGCCGGCUAUGACCUCCUUUUUUGUCAUGAAUUUUAAUGAGGGGCGGUCAUUUUUUUGCACGUAGCAGCACUGCGGUCCGCUUCACUUCCCCAUCUGGUGUGUUGUGUGGUAAAUAACAUGCACCAUUUCCCUCGUGGUCACAGGAAAGAAAGGAUUUUUUCGAGAGGAUCUACAGGAUGUUACCGAAACAUAAUGAUUUAAGAUGCAAAUAUUGUAAAACACUGCAGUAAUUAUUGAAUUUUAGAUGAAACUGUGAUUCUUGUUAAGUUACAUUUAGCGUUCCUCGGAGUAAUAUAAAUCCAUUUUUAUGUCUUGAUUGAUGUUCUCUUUUUUUAAAACCCACCCCCCAUUGCAAUGCCCUGGUGUGAGUAGUGUUGCAUGACUGAACACAAGACUCAAGGGACUGACAAGAUGUUACCACACGUGCUCACACACACAGACACACACGUGCACACAUAGGAGUAAAUGCUUAAGUCACAUUUGCACCCAAUGGACUGACAUAAUGCACAUCAAUUGCUCAUGAGACAUGCAUGCUGCAUUAGUUUCCCAUUUCUGUUUGCUUUCCUUCAGUCUCUGAUGUGAUGCUGCCUUCUAUUACCAUUGAAGGGAUAUAUACCAGCAAGCAAACAGCAAAAGUAACCAAAGUUCUGUUUGGGUUUGUACAAGUUUAGCAUUAUUGGUGAUUCCAGCGGAUUGUUUGUCUCUGAUAUGUUGAUCUUUGAAGAUACUGUUAUUUCAGACUUAAGCUUGUACCAUGUUGACAUGAAAUGGAGUGCCAACAGUAAGAAUAGUAAUGUAUUGCAUGCACCCAAGAGACUAAUGUAAUUGUUUAUUGCUUGUAUGGACACGCCUGAUGAAAAUUGACCAAGGUGUUAUUAACCUCACCUGAAAACUGAGAGACUGAGUCUAGUGAAUACAAACCCGCCCACCCCCCCCCCCUCUCUCUCUCUCUCUCUCUCUCUCUCUCUCUAUCUCUAUCUCUCUCUCUUUCGGUGUUCAGAAAAUCUGCGGCGGAGGUGAUUGAAUCUCUCACGCCUCAUUACGGAGGGAGUCGCCGGUGCGCGCUCUCGCCUUGAUUUGCGCACAGACCGCGAGCGCAUCCGCACGCGUUAAUGCGCGAGGGGGGAGACGCUCGUGCGCUGGAGAAAAAUCCCGAAGACAAACGGCGAGGAGGAGAGGGAAGCUGGAUUGGUGCGCACCACGGACAGCGCACGACAUGGCCUCUGCAUAGGAACCCGACGCCGUCGCUGCAGGGUGCAUUAUAAGAAGACCAAAGCCAUACUGAGAGAAGAAGAAGAGAGACAUCAGAAGAAUCUAUCAUGGCAGUAGAGGAGAAGCCUGCUGUGAAGAGCAGCACCUCCAUUGUACCGUGUUUUCUGUUUGUGGAGCUGGUGAUCAUGGCAGGCACCGUUCUCCUGGCGUACUACUUCGAGUACACCGACACGUUCCCCGUUCACGUCCAGGGCUUCUUCUGCUUCGACAAGUCGUUCUCUAAACCCUAUCCCGGACCGGAUGAGACCAGUAACGUGCCCCCGGUGCUGGUGUACUCUCUGGUCGCCGCUGUACCUACAUUAACGAUUCUGGCUGGAGAGGUGAUGGUGUUUUUCAUGAGGUCAGAGGUCACGCAGGAGAAGACCAUAGUCACAGCGGACUGCUGUUACUUCAGCCCGCUGCUGAGACGCAUCAUACGCUUCUUAGGUGUCUAUACCUUCGGCCUGUUCACCACCACCAUCUUUGCCAAUGCCGGACAGGUGGUGACAGGAAAUCAGACCCCUCACUUCCUGUCGGCUUGCAGACCAAACUACACCUCACUGGGCUGCCAUUCCAACCUACAGUACAUCACCGAGCGAAAAGCCUGCACGGGAAACCCACUCAUCGUAGUGUCCGCACGCAAAUCUUUCCCCUCUAAAGACGCAGCCAUCAGUGUUUAUUCUGCAGUUUACACCGUUAUGUAUGUGACAUUGGUUUUCAAAACUAAAGGCACACGCUUGACCAAACCCACGCUCAGUCUGACCAUGUUGUGUCUGGCCAUGUUGGUGGGCGUGGUGCGAGUGGCCGAAUACCGCAACCACUGGGCCGACGUCGUGGCUGGAUAUUUCACCGGCGGAGCCAUUGCUGUCUUUCUGGUGAUGUGCGUGAUUAACAACUUCCAGCAGACGAAACCUCCGGCCCCGCCGGCGCGACCCCAGCGCCCCGAAUCCGUGCUGGGCGUGCCCAUGGUGGCGCUCCCCUGCGUCGAGAGUCCACUAGAAAAGUUAAGUGGCACUCAGACUCCAAGGGGAUCUUCAUUCACUGAGAUCACAUGACCAUCAGCCUUAUCGGUUCCCCGUCCCCCCCGAUGUCCUCAUACCGUCUCGCUGCAUAUCCAGCGAAGUCUAGACCAGCCGUCCCAGCACGCGCGCCACUGCGCCGCCCACUCUGCAGGACGCGUCGCCACCCUGCACCGGUCCUACUCGACGCAGGUCUAGAUUUCCACCCCCUCCAACCUCCAUCUCCAUAAUCCUCCAUGCCGCAGAUAGGGCCUCCACAAACCGCUCAAACAAACAGAGUCGCUUCUAGAAAGCGUGCUUGAGGAUCUCAAACCCUCUAUUGCCCAAAUCUCACUCCGGCCUGAGGAGGUGGGACAGUGAGUGGAGGAUGUGCACCUUUAGCGGCCUCUCAAUACCAACCCGUCCUGUUUCAAGGGGAACCGAAUGACUUCUUACACAGCUCGAAAUGCAGAACAAUAAAUAGACUGCCAUUUGCAUUUCAGUGUGGGUUCUUAUUCUUUUAUUUUUUAAAUGGCAUGUCUUUGUUUUUAUUGAGUUUUUUAUCACAUCUUUUGGCUUUCGUGGUAGAUUUGUCAAUCGGUUUGUCGUUUUCCCUGUGAAGAGCUGAAGAAGACAAUCUCAUGUUGACGUCACAGAGCUCUUUUGGCUAAAGAUCUCUAACGUUGCAGCCGUUCUUGAAUCCAGAUUGCGUAACGGUGGACGCUUUGGAAAGAAAAGAACACAUGCGAAAGACUCAACCUUUGUAAUAUUAAAUGUGUGGUUUGUGCUGUGAUUUCUCCGGCGGUCAGAUGUGAUGCACAGUGAUAAGAGUGUGAUGUUGUUGCUUUUUCGUUGAUGUUUACUCACACACAAGGGAUGCGUGACGUUCCUAAGCCUCAUUUGUACAAAAAGUCCAAUUCUCACAGACGGACACCUUUGCAGAGUGAACACCUCUUCACUGCAUUUCCUCGUUUUUCAGUCAACCAACAAAACCUGUUCACCCAGUGUAAAUGAAAAGCUUGUCAUUACUGGUGGAUUUGUUUGUCAGCAAGCAAAACGAGAAUGCCACAACGUGUAACAUUUGUAUCGGUGUCUAUUUGCACUUUUCCAAAAUGCAUUUAAUUUUGUCUUGUAUAGAGAGGAACUUUUUCACAUUGUGUCACCAUGCUUUAUGAAGCGUGUGAAGUGUCGUUUUAUAUGAAUGAUGUUAUGAAAAGACCUUGUAAUUUUAUCCUCCCAGCUGUUGCACAUAGUGACCAACGCUUUGCAAUACAACAAAACGGAAUUUUAUACUUUAUAAGUUAUUUACUUUCUUAAAAUACGUUUCUUAUUUAUAAAAUGUUUCCAUUUGGUCUGAUGUGAAUCAUUUACACAGCAACUGACAGUAGGUGUCCCAGGCAGCUCUUGUUUCACGACUGUAAUAUAUUUAUUUUUUACUUUUAAGGCCAUUUUUAGUCUACAAAUAUCCACAGAUGAAAUGUGUGUUCAUGCAAUGUAUUUGUGCUUUAAAUCGUUUUAUUGA